AAUUCAAGAUCAGUUGGCGAAGUUACGUCGAAACCAAGAAAGGCGCCAGCAACGCAAAAAUGCUCGCGAAGCAGCUAAGGCAGCCGCGACUGCUGAAAAUGCCCCUACACCUUUCUCGAAAGACAAAAAACCAGAAACUUCAAGGCGUUGCGGUAACUGUGGGCAAACUGGUCAUAUGAAAACAAACAAGAAGUGUCCAAGGUAUGGCAUGAACUCUGUUGCAGAUGCACCAUCAAGUCCUACAGCUGGUCCGUCAGCUCCUUCGGCGAAUGCACAAGAUACAUCCCUUAUUGUUAAAGUAGGAGGGAACAAGAUUUCGAUAAUUACAAAGUCAACAUCUGAAAAGGGAUCCAAUAAGAAUUCUAAGUCCUCAACUGAACUACCCAAGCACAAGCGUCAUGCUCCUGACGUAGAUUCUACUAACGAUAGAAAACGUAAACGAACUUUUUCAUUGACGGACAUAAUCUCGGACAUAAUAAAAAAGCUGUGGGAUACAGAAUCGAAAAACUUUGCCAGCGGAUACAAUUCCAUCGGUGAUUUUAUGGAUGAUAUCAAAUUAAUGGUUGAAAAUUGUAAAAUUUAUAACGGAAUUGAUAGUCCUUAUACUUCGUGUGCAUAUGAAGUAUUGACAAAAGCUAAAGGCUUGAUCCAGGCUGCUGGUUUAUAA